GCAGAGCUGCCGUGCGGCGGCGACCCGCACGCCUGGCAGUGCGACGACGGGCGCUGCGUCUCCAGCGGCUGGCGCUGCGACGGCGCCGCCGACUGCCCCGACGGCUCCGACGAGCGCGACUGCGUGUGCGGCGCCAAGAAGGUGCAGUGCCCCGGCACGCACCACUGCAUCCCGCGCUGGGAGCUCUGCGACCGCCACCGCGACUGCGAGGACGGCUGGGACGAGGAGGGCUGCCCGCUGCAGCCCUGCCUGCCGGGGCAGUGGCAGUGCCGCAACCGCCUCUGCGUCAUGCGCCGCUGGAAGUGCGACGGCGUCGACCACUGCGGAGACUCCUCCGACGAGGACGUGUGCGCCCCCUGCCCGCCCGGCAUGGUGCGCUGCGACGAGGGCAAGUGCAUCCUCGAGGCGCUCAUGUGCGACGGCGAGGACGACUGCCUGGACGGCACCGACGAGCCCAGCACGUGCGGCCGGAGCUGCUUCGUGCGCAACGGCGGCUGCGCCGAGACCUGCACGGACACGCACUGGGGCGUGCGGUGCUCGUGCAGCGAGGGCUGGGCGCUGCGCGCCGACGGGCAGAGCUGCGCCGACGUGGACGAGUGCGCGCUGCCGCACGGCCCCUGCAGCCAGCUCUGCACCAACGYGCCCGGCUCCUUCAGCUGCGCCUGCCUCCAGGGCUACGUGCUGCGGCACGGCACCGCCUGCGAGGUGGCGGACAACACCACGCAGCUCCUGGUGGCYGUGGGGCAGGACCUGGCGCUGCUGGACGUGCGCACGCAGGCCUACCGGCCCUUGCUGGCCACRGGCACGCAGCCCCGCGCCCUGGCCUAUGACCUGCUCCGCGAGACCUUCUACUGGCUCACCGAGGAGGGCGAGAUCUGCACCCACCGGGCCGGGCAGGAGACACGGACCCUCUACCCAGGCGCCGGCGAGGCGAACAGCAUCGCCGUGGACUGGUUCACGGGGCAGCUGUACUGGGCCAGCAGCCACCCGGCCGGCGCCAUCCGCGCGGGGCUGGCCGACGGCCGCGGCUACGUGACGGUGCUGGGCAAGGACGUGGCCCCCGAGCAGCUGGUGGUGCACCCGGCCGGCAGGUCCCUCUACUGGGUGAACCGCGGCCAGAGGGGCCGCACAGUCAUCGCUGCCGCCGGCAUGGACGGCUCGGACCGCCGGGAGCUCAUGGUGGUGUCCAUGGAGGAGCCGGUGGGGCUGACCCUGGACCACGCCGCCGGCAGGCUCUACUGGAUCAGCGAGUACAAGGAGUCCAUCGAGACGCUGCGGGUGGACGGCGGCGGGCGCCACUCCUUCCCCGCCGCGCUGCGGAGCCACACGGAGCCGCUGGGCCUGGCCGCCUUCGAGAGCCGCUUCUUCUGGGCGGACGGCGGCGCCGAGCUGGUGGCGGCACCGCAGGCCGCCCCCCGGGAGCAGGCCGUGCUGCUCCGCGCGCCCGUCUCCGCCUUCACCGUGCUGCACGAGCUGCAGCAGCCUCCCCGGGACACGGCCGCGUGCGCGCCGGGGCUCUGCAGCCACCUCUGCCUCCUGUCGCCCGUGCACGCCCAGGGCUACCAGUGCGCCUGUCCCGAGGGGCUCUUCCUGCUGCCCUCGGGCAAGUGCGCGGAGCUGUCCCUCGUGUACGCGGAGCCGAGGAGCAUCUCCCUGGUGCAGGUGGGCGCCGGGGCCCGCAGCCGGCUGGCGCGGAGCUGGCCGGAGCCCCUGCACCUGCAGGACGUGGACUGGCAGAGGUCGGUGCUCUACGGCACGGACGGCCGUGGGACGCUGCUGCGCAUCGUGGGACACCCGGGCAGGAGGGAGGCCAUCCCGACCCAGCUGCCGGUUUGCUCUGCCCGCGUGGACACCCKCUCGGGGGACCUGUACUGGCUGGCGUGCAACCGGCGGGACAUCGGCGUGUGCCGGGCGCCCGGCAUGGYGCCGCGCGUGCUGCUGCGCGCCCGCGCCGCCGUGCAGCACCUCUUCGUGCACGGGCCGCGCGGCGCCCUGCUCUGGCUGGCGCCGGGGCAGCGGCCGCAGCAGCUGGGCCUGGCCGGCGGUGCACCGCGCGACGCCUGGAGCGAGCGCUGGCCCGCCGAGCUGCCCGCUGUCAUGGACAGCAGGGCCUUCACCUUGCUCUGGAGCAACUCCUCGGGCCUGCAAGCCCUGAGCCUGCUCAAGAAGCAAGCGGCCACCCUGGCGCCCAGCUGGCCCCACGGCCUCRUGGCCGCCUACGAGCCCUACGUGGUGUCUGCGAAUGGGACGGCUCUGCUGCUGUGGGACCGCAGGACGAUGGCCCUGGUGCUCUCCGUGCCAGCGGUGGACGUGCAGGGAGUGGUGGCCUUCGUGGGCAUGGAGCUGCAGGCUAGUAAGCACCGUAGCCAGUGUCAGCACCGCCCGUGCCCUCCAAAUGGGGUGCCUGGGCUGGGCAGGGCAUUUAUGGGGUGCUCUUGUUCCAGCACCGGUGCCGCUGCCGGUACCAACGAGCAAGGAGCCUGGCCUGCCSCUGCCUCCGCUCAUGGCCACCAGCACCACAACCACCAGCACCACCAGCACCGCUCGUCCCGCCACCUCCACCRCCAAGCCCACAUCAAGCAGCACUGCCACCGUGCCAACCAGCAGGGCUACCGUAACACCAGCUACCACCGCAGGAACCCCCGCGCCCAGCACCACUCAGGCCACGCCAGCCAAGAGCAUCAUCRCUACGUCCCCUACAACCACCCGACCCGCUGCCUGGCCCACACCGGCCAAGACGACCUCCCCACGGACAUCUACGAGCACUCCUGUGCCACCAGCCACCACCACCACAACCACCGCCACCACAACCACCACCUCUACAACCACUACAACCACCACCRCUACGGCCUCUCGGCGAGCCCCGCGCCGCCCUCCAGCGCUGCGCCCCGCCUGUCCUGUCCCCGCACGCACGUGCUCUGCCGCGACGGCACCGAGUGCGUGGCCCACGAGUACGUGUGCGACGGCGAGAAGGACUGCGCGGACGGCUCCGACGAGGACGGCUGUGCCCAGCUCUGUGACAUCCCGGGAUCCUUCCGCUGCUCCAGCGGGGCCGUGUGCGUGCGCCCCGAGGAGCGCUGCGACGGGGCGCCGCAGUGCCCCGACGCCUCGGACGAGGCGGGCUGCUGGCGCCCCACGUCCGAGUGCGCCCGGCGCUGCGACGGCGACUCCCGCUGCGUCCCCGAGAGCUGGCUCUGCGACGGCCACGCCGACUGCCUGGACCGCGCCGACGAGCAGGGCUGCGCGCCCCGGCAGUGCAGCCCGGCCGAGUUCCCCUGCCGGAGCGGCCAGUGCGUGGCCGGCGCGCUGCGCUGUGACGGCGACCGCGACUGCCGCGACGGCUCCGACGAGGAGGGCUGCGCCGUGCCGCCGCCGCGGCUGUGCCGCCCCGGCGAGCUGCCGUGUCCCCGCAGUGGCGAGUGCGUGCCCCACGCCUGGCGCUGCGACGGGGACCCUGAUUGCGGCGACGGCACCGACGAGGAGGGCUGCCCCAGCAAGGGAGSAGCGUGUGGGGAGGAGCAGUGGGGCUGCUCCGGUGGCCACGAGUGCAUCCCCGAUGCCUGGCGCUGCGAUGGAGAGGGCGACUGCGCGGACGGCAGCGACGAGCAUGGCUGCCAGCCUGCUCCCUGCCAGAGCCACGAGUACCUGUGUGGGCCGGGCACCUGCUUGAACUCGUCCUUGGUGUGCAAUGGCCACCGGGACUGUGCGGAUGGCUCGGAUGAGGGCGGCAACUGCUCCGUGCCCUGCCGACUGCCCUGCUCCCACCUCUGCUACCCCUCGCCCCAGGGCCCGAGGUGUCAGUGCACCCCGGGCUACCGGCUGGCGGAGGACGGCGUGUCCUGCGUGGAUGUGGACGAGUGCAAGGAGCAGAGGGAGGGGGGCUGCAGCCAGACCUGCCUCAACGCCCCGGGCAGCUACAGCUGUGGCUGCCUCCCUGGCUACCUGYUGGAGCCCGAUGGCCACGUCUGCAAACUCACCGGACCGGAGCCCACGCUGCUGGUGGCCGUGCAGUCCGAGGUGCUGUCCUACGGGCUGCGGAGCGGGCACGAGGAGGUGCUGCUGGCCGCCGACAAGGAGCGCRUCAUCUUCUCCUUCGACUACGACCCCGUGGAAAGGAAGAUCUUCUGGAUGGACCUGAGCACGGAGAGCAUCCGCUGGCAGGGCCUCGACUCGGGCAAGAAGGGCACGCUGGUGAAAGGUGUGAGAUCGGACUGCAUCGCUGUGGACUGGGUGGGCAGGAACCUGUACUGGACAGAUGGGGCGGCAGGACGGGUGCUGGCCACACGCCUGGGGGCCGCCUGGCGAGGGGUCCCGGAGUACACCGUGGUGCUGGACGGAGACCUGGACCGGCCCCACUCCCUGGUGCUCCAGCCUCUGGCAGGGCUGCUGUACUGGUCGGAGGUGGGGAGCCACCCACGGCUCAUGGAGGCCACCAUGGACGGGAGCCGCCGGCGCACGCUGCUGCAGCGAGGCCUGGGCUGGCCCACCGCCCUGGCCCUCGACCUGCCCGCCUGGAGGAUCUUCUGGCUGGACGAGAAGCUGGGCAGCCUCGGCUCGGCGCGCCUCGACGGCACCGGCGUGAAGGUGCUGCGGCUCGGCUGGGUUCGCAGCCCCUUUGCGGCGGCCGUGUGCGAGGGACAGCUCUACUGGUCGGAGAGGAGCACGUGGRCGCUGCAGCGCGUGGACAAGGCCACCGGCAAGAACAGGACCCUGGUGCUCAAGCGGCGCGGGCAGCCCCACGGCCUGCAGGUGCUGCACCCGGCGCUGCGGCCCAACGCCUCGGACGCGUGCGCGGCGCGCGGCUGCUCCCACCUGUGCCUGCUGAGCGGC